AUGGGCAGGGAAAACCAGACUUUGGUGAGUGAGUUCAUUCUCCUGGGCCUGUCCAGCUGCUGGGAAACUCAGGUCUCCCUCUUCUUCCUUUUCCUGGCCAUGUAUCUGGUGACCAUGCUGGGGAACUUUCUCAUCCUCCUCCUUAUCAGACUGGACAGCAGACUAAAUACACCCAUGUACUUUUUCCUCAGUGUCCUGUCAUUUGUGGACAUCUGUUACACCAACAGCACUGUCCCACAGAUGCUUGUUCACUUCCUGUCAGCCUGGAAGACCAUCCCAUUCCAAAGCUGUGUGCUUCAGCUCUAUGUGUCCCUGGCUUUGGGUGGGUCUGAGUUCUUCCUGCUGGGAGCCAUGGCCUAUGACCGCUAUGUGGCGGUGUGCCACCCGCUGCACUACACAGUCAUCAUGCAUGGAGGGCUGUGCCUGAGGCUGGCUGCCGGCUGCUUGGUGGCUGGUUUCAUGAAUUCACUGAUGGAAACAAUCAUCACCUUUCAGCUUCCCCUGUGUCACAACAUUAUUAACCAUUUUGCCUGUGAGACCCUGGCUGUGCUGCGGCUAGCCUGCGUGGACAUCUCCUUCAACAUGGUCAUGGUGGCCAUCUCAGGAUUUCUGGUGAUCAUGCUUCCCUGUUCCCUGGUCCUCUUCUCCUAUGGUCAUAUAGUUGCUGCCAUUCUGCGUAUUCGCUCUGCUCAGGGACGUAGCAAAGCCUUUGGGACCUGUGCUUCCCACCUCACUGUGGUGUCCAUGUGCUUUGGAACAGCCAUCUUCACAUACAUGAGACCUGAAGGUGACUCCUCAGCAGAACAGAAGAUGACCACCCUCUUCUUUGCUGUGGUGACUCCAAUGCUGAAUCCUGUAAUCUAUAGCUUGAGGAACAAGGAGGUGAUGAGUGCCCUAAGAAGAGUGGUGAGAAAACUUAAAAAAGGUGAAGUUUCAAAGGAGUCCUACUUCCCUCCAACAGCCUAG